AGUUAUUUGACAAUAGGAAACAAAACGCGCUGUCAUAUGACGUGAUAUUGCUAUGACGCAUACUUCAAUUGAAAUCGAAAACUGAAUUAUUUGCGCUGUAGGCGUGCCCAGUGUGUAAUUUUAAGUGUAAAGUAAAUCCCUAAUAGUCGUUGUACAGUCGUGUUAUAUCAUUUCCGUUGCGCACCGAUAAAAACUAAAAAAAACAUGGCUAGCCCACCCAUCUACAACCCCGUCAUUCCAUGCGUGCACCCUAUCCCUGGGGGGAUGUUCCCGGGCCGCAUGAUGCGGUUCCAGGGUAACGUGCCGCCGGGCGCUCAAAGAUUCGCCAUAAACCUCCAGUGCGGCCCCAACACGGACCCGCGCGACGACAUCGCGCUCCACCUCAACUUCCGGUUCGUGGAGCAGUGCGUGGUGAGGAACCACCUCACGGCCAUGUCUUGGGGCAUGGAGGAAACCAGCGGCGGCAUGCCCCUGAGCCAGGGGGGCAACUUUGAGGCGCUGCUGCUGUGCGAGCCGCAAUCCAUCAAGGUGGCGCUGAACGGCUUACACUUCUGCGAGUUCCCGCACCGCAUACCUUUCCAACGCAUAACUCACUUUACCAUCGACGGCGACGUGAUGGUCCAACUGGUCGCCUUCGAGGGGGCGCAGCCACCUCAACAAGUUUACAUGGCGCAAAGUCCACCGGCGUACGGCUCGUACGGCGCUCCGCCGCCGGCCUACGGCGCUCCCGGCUACGGCGGGGCUCCACAGGGUACACCACCAGUGAUGUACGACUCUUACGCGCCAGUUCAGCAGCAGCGCAGCGGUAUUAGCACUGGCGCGGCGGUGGGGGUCGGCGUGGCCGGGUUGGCCGCCGGCGGUCUCGCUGGUUACGCUCUCGGCGGCGGGUUCAGUAGCGACAGCCCACCACGGGAGGAGGUAUCAGUCGCCGAAUUCGGAGGUGGCGAUGAUUGGAUGGAAUAAAUAUAAAACAUACAU